CUGAGGUAGCUGCCAGCGUUCCAGUUCCGGUCUUCGUCUAAGAUUAAAUAGAUAAGGCCGCUGGUGGGCUCAAGAAGGGACUUUUAAGUAGCAUUUCAGUAUUCCGCCAUUGGUUUGAGCACUCACUGACCCUAGUUUAUGUUGAUUUAUUUAAAGCCAUCCAUGCUUCCACUAUACGCAGCAAUGUCAUUGGCCAUAUAAUUGUAAGGGACUUUUGUCUUGCCGCUAGAAAUCACCAUCUGCUACUGAUAACACUGAUUUUGCCCCUCAACGUUGUCAAGCUCAGUAGCUCACAGGCACUGAUGGGGCGCUCUCUUCUCUCACAACUCUUUAUCCUCAACAGCACUGCUCCCCGCUUCUCUUCUUCAGUGUUAAGAAGACCAGGAUUGAUUCCUCAGAUCCAUAGUCAAAGUUUCCAGUGCCUUUGCAGCACCCCUAUAUCUGAGUCUUCUGUUUCCGAGAAUCUUCCGAGCUCUGUAAAGUAAUGACAUUUUGAAUUCUACUGCAAAUAUAUGAAGGAUUGAAGGAAGAGAAUAGUCUCUGGUGUACAGCCAACAGGGUCUAUACACCUUGGGAAUUAUCUCGGUGCCAUAAAAAAUUGGAUCCAGUUGCAGGUGGGGGCGGUCUUGGAUAUGUAGGAUCAAGGAGCUUAUUCCACACCAGCAAUAAUAUUCCAUUUCAUAUGUAUAACAUUGGCAACCUGUUGGCAACAGGAUAAGCAUGACACUUUCUUCUUCAUUGUAGACCUUCAUGCGAUAACUUUGCCAUAUGAUGCACCGCAUUUACUUAAAGCAACUAAGGACACAGCAGCUCUUUAUUUAGCUUGCGGUGUGGACCCUACGAAGGCUACAGUUUUUGUACAGUCGCAUGUUGCUGCUCAUGUAGAAUUGAUGUGGCUACUGAGUGCUGCCACUCCCAUUGGUUGGCUCAAUAAAAUGAUUCAAUUUAAAGAGAAAUCACGGAAGGCGGGAGAUGAAAAUGUUGGGGUUGCCCUUCUAACCUAUCCUGUACUGAUGGCUUCUGAUAUUCUUCUAUACCAGCCUGAUCUUGUUCCUGUUGGAGAGGAUCAGAAGCAACAUCUUGAAUUGACACGAGAGCUUGCAGAACGAAUUAACUAUUUAUAUGGAGGUAAAAAAUGGAAGAAGUUGGGAGGGCGAGGUGGUCCAAUAUUUAAGGUACCUGAACCUCUCAUUCCACCUGCUGGAGCUCGAAUAAUGUCCCUUACUGAUGGCCUCUCAAAGAUGUCAAAGUCUGCACCUUCUGACCAAUCUCGUAUCAACUUGCUUGAUCCAAAAGAUGCAAUAGCAAAUAAGAUAAAACGUUGCAAGACUGACUCAUUGAGUGGCUUGGAAUUUGACAACCCUGAUAGACCAGAAUGCAACAAUCUUCUUUCAAUUUAUCAGCUUGUGUCGGGCAAGACAAAGCAGGAAGUUACAGAGGAAUGCCAAAAUAUGAGCUGGGGAGCUUUUAAGCCUUUGCUUACAGAUGCUUUAAUUGCACAUCUACAUCCUAUCCAGGUUAGAUAUGAGGAAAUAAUGUCUGAUAGUGACUGUUUGGAUAAAGUGUUAGCAGAAGGCGCUAUGAAUGCAGCAAACGUUGCAAAUGCCACUCUCCAAAAUGUUUACCAGGCAAUGGGGUUUAUGCGGCGAUGAUUAUAAAUUGUCUUCGUUUUAAAAAAUCACAGUAUUUAGUACGUAGUAUUAGUUAUACAAUAAGGUACAUUUUCCAUUUCCCUUAGAUUCUUUUAGCCAUAAGUACCUGUACCUUGUGUUCAUGUAAGUAUGUAACCCAAUGAACCGCGAGUCUCUAGAUUCAAUCCAUUAGAAAAAUAGGGAGUAUCACCCAUUCCCCCAUUCAGCUUAGAGCAAUUGGAAGAACGAUUUAAAAAAUACUUAACUUACUCAGAAGUUAAUUAAAAAAAGAAUUUUAUGAGAGUAAAUUGUCAC